AUAUGGAAAUUUUCCAAAGGUACGCGGGGAUAUUUUUGGCUAUGGCGUCGCAUGGCAAUGCGGCUAAGCUCGCCCUCGCAGCAAUUCUUCUCGGCUUCUGCGGCGCCGGAUUUGGAAGCCCCACUCCAACGCCGUGGCCGGAGCAAUUCCACGCGCUGCUCCUCCAAAAUGCGAGCGGCAAGCUCUCCACGGUCGACCUCUGGUAUGAUUUCCCUAAUGGCAGGAACUUCAACAUCAUCCACUCGCAGCUGGGAUCCACGCUUUACGAUCUCGAGUGGACAAACGGCACGUCCUUCUUCUACGAUCUCGACGCCGGCAGUUGCAGGACUGUUCAUGUUCCAGUGGGGAUUUUGCCACCGGAUUGGCUGGUGGGCAAUUCCACCUACAUUGGCGUGAGGGAAGUGGGAGGAUUCACUUGCAAUGUCUGGUCCAAGGCCGAUGAUUUCAUCUUCUACUACGAGGAUGUGGAGACAAAGAGGCCUGUGUAUUGGAUCUUCUACACAGGGAGGGAAGAGUAUGUCAUGACUUUCGAGCCUGGCAAGGUGCUCGAGGAUGAAGGGUGGCAAGCGCCAUGGUACUGUUUUGAUCGCGAAGAAAACAAGAGUUUCCAAGAGAAUGGAGGUGAUACAAAGGAACCAAGUGAGCUCUUCAAGCACAGCACACUUGGAAAAAAACUUGGAAAAAAUCUCGUAUGACAAACUUCGACACUA